AAAAGCUUCUUUCUUUCUUUCUUUCUCUCUCUCUUUCUCAGAGAAACCUUUAUGAGAUUGUCUUUCGUCAAUUAUCUUCUUCUUAAAAAGCUGUAACUUUUUCUUUCUGGGGUUUUCGAGAAUUUCUUCAAAAGGAUCGUUUUUCCAUCUGUGCAGCUUCGUCUUUGAUCUAGUGGGAACAAGAGGAAUCGUUGGAAAGCAAACACAAGAGUAUUUGUAUGAUUGAGAGAAGACGUCAGCGGCUUGUAUGGAUUUUUCACCAUUGAUAACGGUUCUAGAAGGAGAUUUCAACAUGGACAAUGCUUCUUCAACAGUGAUUGAUACUUUAGAUGAUACUAAGCAAAUGAGUAAAGGGAAACCUCCGAGGCACUUAUCUUCUAUUCAACAUAUUACAAGCACUACUACUAGUAGGCUGGAGGAUUUGGAUGUUUGUAAGUCAACUGAUGAGAAAUCAGAGUUUUUACCUGUAUACCGAUCAGGAAGCUGUGCUGAACAAGGAGCAAAACAGUUCAUGGAAGAUGAACAUAUUUGCAUCGAUGAUCUUGUCCAGCAUCUUGGUGCAUCUGUUGAUUUCUCGUCUCUUUCAGCCUUCUAUGGGGUAUUUGAUGGCCAUGGUGGCACAGAUGCAGCAGUGUUUGUUAGAAAGAACAUACUGAGAUUCAUUGUAGAGGACACUUACUUCCCACUAUGUGUCAAGAAGGCAAUUAAGAAUGCUUUCUUGAAAGCUGAUUACCAAUUUGCAGAUGAUUCUUCUCUUGACAUCUCUUCUGGUACCACCGCCCUUACAGCUUUACUUUUUGGAAGGAGGUUGAUAGUUGCAAACGCUGGUGAUUGCCGAGCAGUGUUAGGUAGAAGAGGCAGAGCAAUUGAGUUGUCCAAAGACCACAAACCAAACUGCAUCGCCGAGAAAACAAGAAUAGAAAAGUUAGGUGGAGUUGUGUAUGAUGGCUACCUCAACGGACAACUAUCAGUUGCACGUGCCAUAGGAGACUGGCACAUGAAAGGCCCCAAAGGCUCUGCUUGUCCUCUUACUCCAGAGCCAGAGUUGCAAGAGACUGACCUUAACGAAGACGAUGAGUUUUUGAUAAUAGGUUGUGACGGUCUGUGGGAUGUGAUGAGCAGCCAGUGUGCCGUGACAAUCGCAAGGAAGGAGCUGAUGAUUCAUAAUGAUCCAGAGAGAUGCUCUAGAGAGCUUGUUAGGGAGGCUCUUAAAAGGAAUGCUUGUGAUAAUUUGACUGUGAUUGUUGUCUGCUUCUCUCCAGAUCCUCCACAGAGGAUAGAGGUACGAGCGCAGUCACGUGUGAGGCGGAGCAUAUCUGCAGAAGGGUUGAAUCUACUUAAAGGUGUGCUUGAUGGCUACCCUUGACUAUGUUCUUUGUUGUUGUUCUAUGUUACUUUGUGAGGCUAUUGUCAUGUUAGAGUGUUGUGUGUUCUGAAUAUGUUGUUGUUGUUACCUAUAUUAGCAUUCAAGAUUCAUUGAGAUUUUAGAUGGAUGCAUGUACUACUCUUUUGUAAAUAUUUUACUUUUUUAAAAUAUAUAAGAAUUUUC